CAAAAACAAAAUUUAAAAAUCGUAAAAUAUUAACGCUUCAAAGUUCUAGGGGACGUGCUUAGUGGAUAAUCUUGUAUGAUAAUUUUACGAUAAUUUUACGUGAUAAUUUAAACAGUACACGAAGAUAUGGUAACUAAAGCUCAGGUUGACUUAGCCGAGGUGACAAUCGAAAAGGUAAAACACAAUGCGUUAAUGUACACGAAGAUAUGGUGGUAGCUAAAGCUCAGUAAAUACUGAAAAUCCGGAACAUGAAAGAUGCAAGUUACAAACCUAAUCAAAUAUGUUUUCCCAAUGCUGAUGCUAUUGUCACUGUUUCCAAUUACAUACUAUAUGAGAAAUCGAUACAUCGAAGUAUGGAGAAUGAAUACUACAAUUCAUUUGUACUCCCGUUCCAGAGAAUGCAAUUCUCUUAAUGUUACUGAAUUAAUUCAAGGUGAAUGGGUGCCGCGUAAGGAUUUAACUCCACUCUAUGUAAAGUCAGUGCAUGCGAUGAAUGAUUAUGUCCGGUCGAAACGUGGUAUAAGGCACGUGAUUAAUCUGCGUAAUGAUAGCAAGUGUGGGUGGAAGUAUCCUGUCAAAAAGUAUCCAGGUCAAUGUGCAGCAAAUUCGUCGAACCCAUGUUGUAACCAGCAAAAGCAUGAAUGUGGACACGGCCCAGAAUACUGUAAAUGUCUACCUGAUUGUACAGAUUAUUCAAAUAUUAUCAUGCCAGAAUUAAUGGAAUGGAAAGAAACCUACUGCCCUUUAGAAGAUUACACAUCAUUGUCGACAUGUGAUUUCCUAUCAAAGAGAUACUCAUCAAUUACAUUCAUUGGGGAUUCUCUUGUGCGACAUUUCUUUGAAGCUUUUAUGAUACAUGUGACUGAUGAUGCCGCAUAUGGUGCUUUGAACUACAACCUUUCAAGUGACGUCCUCAGUCCUUGCAGAGAUGAAAUGCAGUUCUCAGAAACGGGCUGUCGCCUUAAAUUAGCACUUGAAUGGAAAGAUAUAGUUAACCAUCCUAGGUAUUGCAGACAUGCUAAAAAUAAGAUAAAGGCUAGUUUCUUCGCUACUCAUCUCUUUAAACAAUUACCAGCUGUUUUAGAAAUGUUUGAGGAACGUUUAGCCGAAGAACGUCCAUUGUUUUUGAUGUACGUUGGUAUACAUGAAGGUUUCUGGGCUGACAGAGGGUGGAAACUCUUUUUGAAGCCGCUAAUUGAACAAUUAAAGCUCAACAAAACCAAAAAGCCUUCAUUCCUUUGGUUGGGAGGACACACUAAUGGACCACUAAAACUCGCUGCUUACGCUAGACCUCAAAGUUCAAGAAAGGCAUUUGAUUACAAUGUGAUAUUGUCAGAAAAGCUAGCUAAAUACGGUAUUUCCGUGUUUGACUAUUUUCCGAUGACAAAGGAUGUGUAUAGUUUUGACGGUACUCAUUUCGGAUCGAAGCUAAAUAGAAUGAAGGUUAAAAUGCUAAUGAAGUUGUUGAGGUACAACUCAUUUGAAGUGCGUUGAGAAAAAGUGGAACAUAUGAUAUAGAAUAUAUUGAUAGAUAUGACAUAGAUCAAUCAAAGAUGUCCUAAUGUUAGAUUUUUAUUUACAUUAUUUAAAUUCUUUUACACCAUGGAAGUAAAAUUAGUUCGGUCUUUACUUGGAAUUUUUUUAUUUUUUACUUUUUCCAACUUUAAAAUCACCAGAGUAGUUUAAUAUUCGUCCUAAUUUUACGUAAAACAAUUUAAAGGGUUCCCUGAUAUAGUAAAAACGUCGUUACGUAUGAGCUCAUUCGAGCGUAAACUCACAUAUUUUCCACUUUCAGAACGAGGUUAUAAAAGUGAUGAUGCAAAAUAUAUGUAUAUGUAUGUAGAUAUCACAGUAAAGGCAGGUAUUAAAAUAAAAAACCUGGUUUAUUAUUAUAAGCUUAGUUGUGGCAGUACCGCUCUAUGGCAAGAAAAGUCUCACGUUUACACUUUUAAUUAGGUUAUUCUAGUGUAUACUCUUUUUAAUUACAUUUGAAUAAUUUUAUAUAUGAUUGUAUAAUCAUUGAAUUAAAUAAAAUGAUUGUUAUUUUAGCGAGAAAUAUAUUAUUGAAGUUGCUUC